CCCUUAGUGAAACGUUUUCCAAGUGAAAGGCCUAUUGUGCGACGGAAGUGGGAUAUCCCUAUUCCCUGUCAAAUAUCGCUCCGCUUUUCUUAAAUAUCUCUCCGCUAUAACCACAAAAACAGCUCAUAGCUCGUUGGGAACUAGACUCAUUUGUGCGGGGAUUAGACUCCUGCGUCUAGUCCAUACACUUGUUAGUUACAUAUAAACUGACAAAAGGGUCCGAGGUUGCCGCAUAGUUUAAUUAGCACACUAGCUCUCAGGCAGACCACGAUAGAGGCCAUCGCUUCCGCAUAGAAUCAAGCAUCAAGGGCCAAGCCCAGGAAAACUGUUGUUACCCCACUGUGGAUUCCCUGAAUAGUACCAGGGUGGAGGCAGUCGUAGGCAGAGUGGGCGCCACGUGAAGCGUGGUUUCGGCUUCCUCCAUGAGUAACAACGCUGGUCAAAGAGCUCCACGGACCCGGGCGGCGAAGGAAGCCCAGGGGGCAGGGGGGACAACGACAUGGAUCCCUCAGGACCAGAGAAUGGACCCAUCCUACAGGCCAACUACCACUGCAGCCCCAACCACAACAUGCAGUGGUGGAGGGAGCUCCUGUGUCCUGAGUAAGCUGAUCCAGCUGCCGGCUCCUCCGCUGUCGCGCCACCAGCUGAAGAAGUUGGAGGAGCACAGGUAUAGCAGUGCAGGCCACUCCCUUCUGGAGCCCUUCAUGCAGCACUACUGGGAGUGGCUAGUGGCGCGUGUGCCGGCAUGGAUAGCCCCCAACCUCAUCACUAUCGUGGGCUUGGCCACAAACAUCCUCACCACAUUGGUGUUGGUGUACUACUGCCCCACUGCCACUGAACAGGCACCUCUGUGGGCAUACCUGUCUUGUGCAGUGGGUCUCUUCAUCUACCAAUCACUGGACGCCAUCGAUGGGAAGCAGGCACGGCGCACCAAUAACAGCACCCCACUGGGAGAGCUCUUUGACCAUGGUUGUGACUCCCUCUCGACAGUGUUUGUGGUCCUGGGUACCUGUAUCGCCGUCCAGCUUGGCACUAACCCCGACUGGAUGUUCUUCUGCUGCUUUGCCGGCAUGUUCAUGUUCUACUGUGCCCACUGGCAGACCUACGUAUCAGGCACCCUGCGCUUUGGCAUCAUUGAUGUGACUGAAGUGCAGUUCUUCAUUAUAAUCAUGUAUUUGCUGGCUGCCAUCGGAGGAUCAGCUUUUUGGCAGUUCUUGAUCCCUGGGGUGAACAUCCAGAUUAAGAUCAUUCCAGCCAUCCUCACUGUGGCAGGAGCCAUCUUUUCCUGCACCAACUACUUCCGGGUCAUAUUCACGGGAGGUGUAGGAAAGAACGGAUCAACCAUAGCGGGAACGAGUGUCCUGUCACCGUUCUUCCACAUAGGGUCAGUUAUCACUCUGGCUAUUAUGAUCUACAAGAAGUCUGCGUCCCAGCUGUUUGAGAAGCACCCCUGUCUCUACGUCCUGGCCUUUGGGUUUGUGUCGGCCAAGAUCACCAACAAGCUAGUGGUGGCUCAUAUGACCAAAAGUGAGAUGUCUCUCCAUGACUUGGCUUACCUGGGGCCAGGGCUGCUCUUCUUGGACCAGUAUUUUAACAGCAUCAUAGACGAGUACUUGGUCCUCUGGGUGGCACUAUUCCUGUCCAUCUUUGACCUGGUGCGCUACUGCGUCAGCGUAUGCAACCAGAUCGCUUCUCACCUGCACAUCUUUGUGUUCAAGAUCAAACCCCCCAACCUGCGGCCCAUUGCUGCCUCCCAGUCAGGCAAAGAUGUGUGGUGACACUUGUGUCCCUGGUCUGGUGACACUGUCCGUACGGAGAUGAAGUUGGUGGGUGUACCUCUACCGCCUCCCCCUUGUCACCACAGGAUUCCCAUUGGAUGAGACAAAUUGGGAGGCGGUUUCUCUACGAAUGUAUUAGCCAAUGAAAUUAUGAAUACAUUGAGGGUGGUGGAAAAAAAUGGAAAUAAUUUAUUUCAAUCUAUUUGUUGUGCAAUAAUGCUCUGUUUUUGCCGAUGUUGUGUUGUUUUGGUGUUAAAGGUUCAUAACCGAAGAGAAAGGGGUUUUGUUUAGUUUGUCAUAAGAGCACCCCGUUAUUUGGUAAAACUAUUUGAGAAUUAGUUGUCUAACCAAACUUUAUGGAUAGGGGUUAAUGUUGCUUACUAUAACCGUGCUGCCACUAUCUGUGUAUUAGCUAUUUUUUAAACUGAAUUAAAUGUUAUCCAUGGGAAGGAGCAGGUUAUACCUAACCAAGUAAUAUUAUAUUUAUCUACAGGAAAAACUCCUACAGUUUAUUAAUGUGUCAGAGCAGUAUGACUGAAUUUAAAUGUCUCUGUUCUUUCAGUAUUGGUACUAGUUUAGCUUCUCUACGUACAACUACUUGUUUCACUCCAGAGAAAACAUUAGUCCUCUGUUCAAGGUGUAGUUCUGUGUACUGCAUUCUGAGGUCUCGUCAUUAACCAAGUAUUAAACGUUAGAACUAUAUCCGUACGGAUGGACGCAGUACCCGUCCAUGUUCAAACAUAAGGAAUGUUUUUUUUUUCUGCAAAAGUUAAGGAAUGCCUCUUACCUUAUAUCAAACAGUGACGCACAGAGUAUUCAAAUGUCUGCAGCUAAUGUCUCAUAACAAGAGUAGAACUUGGUCAUUGUUCUCGUGUGUAUCAUAUGCAUGGGAUGGGCAUUUACAACCCACUGUAGUGGUCACAGCCGAUAUCUCUAACUGAUGGGGUUCAACCAAUCGAAACAUCCAUUCAAACGUACAUUUUUUUCCCCCUUUGAUUGUUUGUCAUUUCUGAUAAAUGCAGAGAUUUUGAAAAUAAAAUGCGAAGGGUGAAUCAAUCGUUGGCCGUUAAAAAAAAAAAUGCUUCUGUCAUUUUUUUUGUUUGGUCAAAAUUGUUACUUUGUCAAAGAAAAUACAUUUUUGAAUAAACAAGCUUAUGUAAAAUAAAGAUUUGCUAUAUUUAUAACACA